ACAAGGUGUAUGUGAUAGAAAGCACCCGAUUAGGAAGGAAGAAAACAAUAGCUAGGAGAGACUGAUCUACUAUGAGCCAACAUCCAUACACAGCAUUUUUGGAACUGAGUUAAGCCCAUCCACUGUUUUCUUGCAAUCUUUGAAGUUCUGUACAGUUUGUUCCAUCCUCAAGCACCGCGUCAGAUAUGAAGAAACAAGCCAACAAGCUUCUGCACUGCAGUGACUCAUGUUCUUUGUUCUCCAAAUAGUGACUCUUUGCAGCAUCACCCAGGCAAUGACAGAAAUAUUGAACAUCGUGGCCCAAAUUCUUCAUGUUACUUUGUAGUGCGACAAUAAGUGAUCGAUUGCAUCACUGCUCCUCUUGCUCAUGCAACAACAAUCUAGUACUGAUAUUCUUUUUCUUUUUCCCCUCAAAUUGUCCAUAGUAAGGAUCCUCUACAAUGCAGCUGUCCAUACAAAGAACGCAUCUGUAAAGGGGCUUUGUUCCUCCAAACUACUUUCCAAAGAAGGAGUAUUUGUGGGCCUUAAUGCAUGAUAAGAAGUGCUGACCUUGAACCUCCUCAUUUUUAUGGAAUCCAUUUUAUGUUGUCCUUGUCAACACCGCCCAUUCUGGAACAGUACAAUAGAUUGAAGAAUGAUGAAGAGGACUCCAAUUUGUAAUUGUUUGCAGCUCAGAUAAAGGUGGUAGAGGUAAAGUCAAAUGGGAUGGUAUCUACUAGGAAAAUUAACAGACGCCAAUUAUUGAAAUCAAGUGGCCUUCGUCCACGAGAUAUCCGAAGUGUAGAUCCAUCGCUGUUUCUAACAAACUCGAUGCCUUGUUUGCUGGUUCGUGAGCAUGCUAUUCUUCUGAAUCUGGGCUCAUUGCGAGCAAUGGCAAUGCAUGAGUGUGUCCGUAUUUUUGACUAUAACAGUAAAGGAGGGAAGGCCUUCAUAGAAACCUUGCUGCCUCGGUUGAACCCCAAAAAUGGGCAUGGAGGACAAUGUAUGCCAUUUGAAAUUGAGGUUGUUGAAGCAGCAUUGCUUUCACGCGUACAGUUUUUGGAGCAGAGAUUAAUCAAUUUAGAACCUCGUGUACAAGCUCUCCUUGAUGUUUUGCCAAACCGAUUAACUGCUGACAUAUUGGAGCAGCUUCGCAUUAGCAAGCAAACAUUGGUUGAAUUGGGCUCGAGGGCUGGGGCUCUCCGACAAAUGUUGCUUGAUCUUUUAGAAGACCCUGAGGAAAUACGCCUUAUGUGUAUAAUGGGAAAAAACUGCACGCUUAAGAAAGGAAAUGAUGAAGUGGAAUGCUCUGUCCCCUUAGAGAAGCAGAUUGCUGAGGAAGAGGAGGAAGAAAUCGAGAUGCUUCUGGAAAAUUAUCUUCAAAGAUGUGAAUCUUGUCAUGGUCAGGCUGAAAGGCUUCUUGACUCUGCAAAAGAAAUGGAAGACUCAAUUGCUGUGAAUUUGAGUUCUCGGAGGCUUGAGGUUAGCAGAGUGGAGUUGCUUCUCCAGGUUGGGACAUUUUGUGUGGCAAUUGGGGCUCUAGUUGCUGGUAUUUUUGGCAUGAACUUGAGGUCCUAUCUAGAAGAACAUGUGUUUGCAUUUUGGCUAACAACAGCUGGGAUAAUUGUUGGUGGUGUUGUCGCAUUCUUUCUCAUGUACUCCUAUCUCAAGGCAAGGAAGAUACUGUAAGCCAAAAAUCCUUCCCAUGUGCAGCAAAUUGAUAAAAUCAUGCAUGCAAGAGCAUUCAGUUUGCCCAAUGACAGAGUGAAUUCCAACACUAUCCAGAUUCCCUAAGCUGAAUGAGGGAGGGGCCGUACUCUGAAUGGUAAGUGCAUGUGCAUUAUGAAGGUGAGACUAAAAUUAUUCUUGAAAUUAUUAUUGGCAUUUUGAGAAAAACUCUCCCCCAUGAGAAUGAUUGAUGCAAGUCUGGAAAGUAUAACCGACUUGCAAUUCUUGGUGAAUGAAAAUUUAUUGGGUAUUAAAUGGAAUAAACACCUGAAUUUAUUGGGUA